GCCGAACCCGCACUGUCUCAGCGGCAGCCCCGUUGGACAGCAGCCCCUUGGAGCCGCAGCCCAGGCUAGCGCCAAAAUCGCCAAGGUGUCCUUGAAAGUGCCCGAACGGAACCUGCCACUUUCGAAGUUCGAGAUCUGGCAUCCCUCACGACACGGCACUACGAACAACAGCCACGAUGCUCCUACAAGCGGCAGCCAAGCUGCUGUUCUCGGCCAGCUUGCUGCUGGGCUCGGCAGCGGCACACAACAUCCAGCUCCCGGCGCACGGGCGCGAAUGCUUCCACGAGAACCUGCAUCACGGCGACAAGAUGACGGUCACGUUCCAGGUCGGCGACCGGGAGUUUGGCAGCGCCGGCAACCUCGACAUCGACUUCUGGAUCACGAACCCGAUCGGGCAGUACGAAUUCAACGAACGGUCCGUGUCGAACGGCGACUUCUCGUUCGACGCCAAGCACGACGGCAAGUACAUCUACUGCUUCGGCAACGAGCACUGGGGCGCGUCGUCCAAGGAGGUCUCGUUCAACGUGCACGGCGUCGUCUACGUGUCCGAGGCGGACGUGCCGCAGGACCCGCUCGAGGCCGAGGUGCGCAAGCUGUCGGAGCUGCUGGAGCGCGUCAAGGACGAGCAGAGCUACAUCGUCGUGCGCGAGCGCACCCACCGCAACACGGCGGAGAGCACCAACAGCCGCGUAAAGUGGUGGAACCUGUUCGUCAUUGGCGUCGUCAUCGGCGAGAGCAUCUUCCAGGUCUGGUGGCUGCGGAGGUUCUUUGAGGUUAAACGGGUGGUCUAGAAACAACGACUGCGCCGUUUCUCUAUUUGCUUUGCUUGCAUUGGCCUGUGCGAGGUGAUGAUAUCCAUGUUUGGCGCAGGAUCUGGGAGGCUCGAAACGCGAAAAGGAACUGGGAGUUUGUCUUUGGCGCCUUGGAUGAAGUAUGUCCAUAUAUCCGAUGUAUCGUAGGUGCGUAGAUGGCGGAUGGGUCUGGAGGCUCGUUCCUCCACGACGGUUUGCUAAACGAUAACAUGAAUUGCUUGCCGUCGGACCUCUCUGAAUGAAAGACGCAACAGCACAGGCGUUGUCAACCACCCCGCAAAAGCCUCGCAUUGUACACGCAUCUCGCGAUCGAGAAACGUAAAUCUCAACAUAGACAUUUAGAAGAACCUGCAUUUACUCGUCCAUUUGACAUCACUACAUCUGAACAUAACCAGCCGCCCAUCCCACCUCGGCAGACACUGCGCAGCAAGUAUCCCCCACUCGCCCAAUAUAUACCCAA